GGUAAGAAAUUAUCGGUGUUAAUUCUUUUCAAUACAAACAAUUUUUUGGCAUAUCGACUAUUUUCGAUGUUCAAAACUUAAAAAAUUAAAUAAUUACACACAUAUGUUCCAUUUUACUUAGCUUUGUAGCUUUCUUUUGAUAAGAUACAUUCUCUAUCUUCCCCUCCCUUCUGCUAGUUUCCUGUCAACAACCGAAACAGCAGAAACAACGGCGGGGUUCAGGUUCAUUGGCGCUAUUUUCUACAAUUUUUCCUAUUUUUUGCUUAGUUUCCUUUGAUAUUUUUGGCUCAGUUAUUUUCAGGAAUAAGUGGAAUUAGGACUUGUUGCUACCAUUUUAAGGAAUUCUUUUAGCGAUCAGUUUUGGUGGCAGUGAUGGUCCAAAGGCUCGCUCAGAAAUCGGCGUUAGACCUGUUGUGUGAGGUUGCGCUGGCGCCUGGAGACGCAAUAGUCUCCGAACUUUUGGCCAAUGACCUCAGGAUUGAAAAGGAAAAGGCGGCCAAGCGUUCCGGUAAUGGCGUACUGGACCUGGACGAGAUUCUCCAGCUCACGCCCAAACAGUUAGUGAAACACUUCACCCACUUUGAGUCCAACGAGCUGAAGCGGACGUUCAAGCACACGUGUCGUCUGGUGCCGUCCGAGUGCCAGUACGAGACCACCAGCUUCGGCAGCGAGGACAAGUCGCUGCGUGAGAUCAAACGGCAUCUGCAGGAGCACCUGGAACAACUCAAGACAGAGAGCACGGGCCGUAUAAUAUUCACGGCUGAAACUACUGUGCCUAUACCACGGAGGGUUAUCGAGUCGCGCCAAGGCAAAAAAUCACCGGUCGAGGCCUCUCGUGAAAAGCGGUCUUACAUUGCUCACGAGCUUGUUCCCCAAGCACCUGAAGCCCCCGACAAUCAUGCUGCUAGCCCAGAACGGGCAUAUGCUCAACGAUCGUCGCCGUCGGAGAGGCCGUCGAAACGAACUCCGACAAGGCCCAAGAAGCGCCCGGUGGAGUCGCCGCCGCCGGCACUGGUCAGUCCUCCGGAGCGGUCCCAGUCCCGCCGGAGACGCACCAUCGAACCGCCGCCGCCGCCGGCGGCGGUCCAGCCUCCGGCCGUGUCCCCGGCGCCUCCUCCUCCGGCGCCGCCGUCUCCGCCGCGAGAGCAGCUCCGCGAGCACGACUACGCGCGGGACUCCGCACUGGAGUCCUCCGCUGGCCCCUCGGCGGACUCUGCGCCGACACCGCCGGAGCCGUCCGUCAACCCAGCUGAGAGCGAGGCGCCCACGGGUGCUGGCACAGCCAGUCAGAAUCACUCGGCGGUCCCGUUUGAGUCUGACCUAGCUCUGCUUGGUCUCAUGGAGCGGGAAGUGAUUGGACCGGGCUCCGACGACGGCCUCGGCGGCGGUGACAGUGCCGAGAGCAGCGACGGCGUGCCGCUGGUGGGCGCCGAACAGGUGAUCCGCGGCGGCGUGAUGCGCUCCGCGGACCUGCCGGUCAUCAUGGAGGGCGGCUCGGCGACCGUCAGCGGCCUGCGCCGCUACACCCGCGUGGUGGAGCGCGACGAGUAUAAGCAGCACCGGAAGCCCAAGGGGCUGGCCAAGUUCAUCAGCCAGUCGGAGGAGGACAAGGAGAAGGCGCGACAGGCGCUGAUCGAGAUGCGCCUCCGGCCCAGCAUGUGCAACAACUACGUGAACUACGUGUGCCGCGUGUGCUUCCCGCCGCAGCGCUUCACGGCCCUGUCCUCGCUACAGUCGCACUACAAAUGCCACCUAGGCAUCAAGGACUUCUCCUGCAAGCUGUGCCACAAGUCUUUCACUCGAAAGACGUCGCUCGACUGCCACAUGCUGAUCCACGAGCACAAGACGCGGUUCCGCUGCAGCACUUGUGGCCACGAGUUCCGACAAAAGUCGCACUACACCGAGCACCUGCGUCGACACACCGGCGAGACGCCCUACAUGUGCUCCGUCUGCGGCCGGGGUUUCAAGGCGAAGAACUCGUACCGUCGCCACCUGGAGUCGAAGCACGGCCAGCGUCUGACCAACAGCGGCAACAUCGUCAUCCUGUCCGAUGACGAGCACCGCCGGCUGCUGGAGCGCUCCCACCAGGAGAACCGAUCCAGGAGGCCGAGGGCCCGGCCUCGUUCGGACGACUCUCAAGCGCCGCCCAGUCCGAGCAAGAUGGGCUUCUCGUACGUGGACGUCGUGGUGCGUCAGUCGACGGGCCGUGUGGAGUACAUGUCUAACGUGGAGAGCAUCGUGCCGCCGCCGGGCCGUGACGUGCUGGAGCAGGUGGUGGACGCCACGGUGGCUGACGGACCGGGGGAGAAGCCGACGCUGGCAGAGCAGCUUCUGGACCCGCUGCCGCCGCUGGAGAUCCUGCCGCCGCUGCAGGACUGGGAGAGAGAGCUCACCCCCCUGGAUAAGUUCACCCCUGGCGCACCCUCGGUCGCCAAUGAUCGGGUGCAAAGGCCGCGAAUCAAUCUGACCAGCUCUCUUGGCAAGUACAACGUGUUCUACUCGUCGGGCAAUGUGUCCAACAAUGUGCGUGUCGUCCAAAAGUGAGUGGGCGACAGCGCCGUGCGGGGUGGGAGGCACCCCCACCUAGGAAGCGUCCAUGUCUGAUAGACUACAUCAGCUGCGCGUGGUACUGUCGGGGGCAAAGACAAUCCCCGUCGAGAAAGCUGAGUUGAAGUUGGAGACGAAACGGGAAACGUGUACAUUUUGAGGGUCGUAGAGCUUGAUGGAGAGAUUAGACGAGUAUCAAAUCAUGUAGCCAGUAUGCGGUGAUUUCGCGUAGCCAUUGUGUGUGAGAGUAUCGUGUUCUUCAUGAAGAGUCUUGCAGUUCUCUUUUGAUAAUCAUUCGUUUUAGGCGUUCUGGCUCGCCUGCGUCGACCACAAAGCCACCCUUCAGACCCCUCGAAUCGACGCGCUGGUUGAUGCUUCAUAGGCCACUGAAUUUUUGGCCAAGAUGCGUUAUAUCGCAAUGUGUGCCAAAUUACUGGAGUGUUGGGCCGGUGGCGCUUUUCAGGCUGGCUGGCCAUAUGAUGCACAUGGGCAUGAUGCAGACUCCAUCUGCCAUUGUUAGGUGUGUUGCCGAUUCAUUCACUGAUUCGUUCAUCAAUUCAUUCAUUCACUUAUUUAUGCUCACCUUCAUUCAUUCAUUCGCUUCAAUUCGCUCUAUAUUAUUUCUGCAGAUGUCAUCGUCUUAUUUUAUGCAAAGAGCAAUGGAGGUCUUAUUAGUUUUUCUCCGUCCUAGGAGACCUUUUAAUUUUCAAAUGUCUGACAAUGAACGUUCAACAUUUCAAAUGUCUCUAUAAUUGUCUCGCGACCUUAAUUUUUUGGCUAAUGACCUUUGCCGUCGAUUGUAGGUCAGACGUCAAAAAUAUUUUCAUUGCACAAGCAUGAAUGCUCGUUUUUAUUUCAAUAUAUUGUGAAAAUGAAGAAGGCGUCUCAUGUUGCAGUUCGCAACAUUUCAUGAAAAUAUUUUUAUGUCGUUACGGUUACGUAAAUGUAGAUUUACACUUCGAAUCGUUACAAUUCCUAUUAUUCUGAGUAACGUAACAUCGACUUAUCGUUCCUCACGUCACGUUGUAAUCGCAGCAUAGCAUUAAUUAAAGUAAACGAUGACUUUAAAUAUUGCUUAAACUUGUUGCUGAACAACCAUGAGUCGUACACCGGUUCCCACUCCGAGAAGAGGAGACAGAGUGAGACGCGCUCCAGUUCGUUAUGGUUUCGAAGACGACGAACGGGAGAGCAUCAAUGAAGCCGGGGCCAUGAGUGUUUGCUCAUCAGUCUCGAUGUCGUCGAAAGCUUCAUCACGCAAGCCACGCACUGUCUUGUGACGCUCGGUCCGUGAACACGUACCACCACCGUCUUCAUCAGCAUAACUUUACGAUCGGCGUUCACCGUGCCCACUACCGCUGUCGUCUGCGGCUUGGUGUGUAGCAGAGCGUGAUGUUUUUCUUUGCAGCCGUCGACGCCACAUGGCAGUUGUCUAUGACACUGCUGCGUGCGAUGUGACGUACUCAAACACCGCACACAGACGCUGUUUGACUCGGUCCACUUCCAUCUCCGGUCACCGGUCAGCUCUUGGAAAGCUUUGCAGCGCGAAAUCCAAUGGGGCUGCUUACAAAAGUAGCACGAGACCUGCACUCGACUCCGUGUUCCUUGCCCACUGGGACUGGUUGCGUCUGUCGCGGCCACACGACCCACUUCAGCAGCGCUGUCCAUCGCGUAACUCUGCCUUACUUUUCUGGGUAGUGGGCGUGGCUUUGCCGAGCUCAGCGCGAACGGCGCUGAAUUGCCGGUCUUGAGCGUGCUCCUCCAGAAAGUCACAGAAGGUGCGGCAGGUGACGUCACCGUGUUCGUCCGCAUGCUGUCUUCCGUAUGAGCCCCAUGCAUGCUGACUGUCCAGAGGCAGCUUCUCUACGAGCAGGCUGAUCGUUCGAAAGUUGUUCAUUUCGUUUUCGCUUCCCAUCGAUUCGAGGACUGCUAUCGCGUUGUAUACCUCUGUGCUGAAGCGAGCGAGUUCUUCGACAUCCAUGACACUCAUUUUUGAUCGUUCUAGGAGUUUUCUCGUUACAGCUUGAGUUACGCGCAGUUUGUUUCCGAAUCUGGAAUCUAAGACGUGUAGAAUGCGCGUCAGAGAGACUCCAGCCAGGAGGGCACCGUGCACGGCAUUAAAUGCCUCCCCUUUCAGCCUCUCUUUGAGGUGAGACACGAUCUUGGCUUCGGAAAAUAGGCCGCUUUCCAGUGCCUCGUUGACUUGCCGUUUGAACAGUGGGUAGUGUGCCACAUCACCGUCAAAACACAGUACAUCUAACUUAGGAGCCUCAGUAAUCGUGAUAUUCACAGGCUUGUUGGCUUGUUGGCUCUGACACUAAUCGAGAGUGAUUUGGCAGAAGAACUGGGACUUGACACGAAGCCGGACAAGAUGAGAAUUAGGACGAUGACCGGCGUCACAGAGCACGAAGUUGGAAAACUCGACCUUCUCGUCAGCAGCGUCGAAACAGGAAACGAGUUUGAGCUGAAGGAUGCCGUAGCCAUCAACAAGCUGGAACUGAGCAGAAGCCCAGUGACUAUGACGGAACAUCAAGGAAUCAAGACGCACACGUAAGGAUCAUGGCUCGGACUGUAAUGCCGGGCGUGUACAAAACGUCUGUAAUAUGAUACAAUAUAAUAUGAUUUGCGGCCAUCAAAAA